AUGCAUUUUCGACUAGGCUCUCUACUGGGCCUAACAGUCGCCAUUGGCCUCGUUCCAGGAUCUCUGGCCUCAAAGACAAGUGCUCAAGGAUCUAUUACAGACGACAAGUCCCUUCUAUGGGGGACAUACCGGCCAAAUCUUUACUUUGGCCUACGACCGCGCCUUCCUCAGAGUCUUAUGAGCGGACUUAUGUGGUUUGGAACACAAGACUAUCACGGUUUUCAGAAAAUCCGUCACGAUUGUACCCAAGGGGAUGAGCUGGAUAAAUACACCUGGACGGAACAUGACAUGCGACAAGGGGGCGUCCAAGUCAUCAAAGACGGAAAAAACAACGUCAAUAUAAAGAUAGAGUGGCUCAAAGUGCCAGGAGGUGACCACGGCGGAAGCUGGGCUGCUAGAAUACAUGGGACUCCGAUCGUACCAGCGAAACCUCUUAGGGUGUCUCUCAUCUACUACUUUGGCCUCGAAGGCUUAGGUUCGCUCGACUGGAAAUCGGACGAGAAUGAUGAUGGAAUCACUGGACCUAUUCAUCUCUCUGGCUCAUCUCCGGACCUUGGAGAAUUUACGAUUCGUAUUGAAGAUGAUAUAAACAAUAGAUCUCCGAUGUACGGAGGACAUUCGGAGGACUUCAAAGUCCGACUAGGGAAAACGCACUACUUUGGACAUGCAAUGCCAAGUGGCGACGUUUGGAAAGCGAAAGAGUAUCUUUACCAGCACAUUGGGUAUCGGGCCCAAGAGAUCGUCAUGCCUUAUAAGGGAGAGCAGAUCAUGCCAGACCCAUCGUUUACGCUAACCAUGGGCAACGUUAUUGCCAAAGACAGCAAUUUUUAUGCUAUCCAGAAGACAUACGAAGGUCCUUUUAUUCUCGACGUUGUCUUCGAUUCGAAGAGCGCAGGCACAGCAAUUACAGGUGACAUGAUCUCGCGAGGAGUGGAAAAGUUUGUCACAGACUACGAUGCAAAGUUCCAGUCACUCUUCCCAACUCGACACGAUGCACCAAAGGGUGAACUAGCUUUCUCAAAGGCCAUCACGUCCAAUCUCAUGGGUGGUAUUGGGUACUUUUACGGAAGUUCCAUCGUCGACAGAGCCUACAAAGCUGAAUGGGAUAUGGACGAGGAAGAGGAAGAUGAUCGCACACCAGCCAAACCAGACCCAAAACUUCAACCGCCUACGGAAUUGCUUACUGCAACUCCCAGUCGCUCAUUCUUCCCUCGCGGCUUCUACUGGGACGAAGGCUUCCACCUGUUAUUGAUUGGUGCCUGGGACAACGACCUGAGUCUUGAGAUCCUCAAAGACUGGGUGAAUCUCAUUGACGAGGAUGGAUGGGUUGGUAGAGAACAGAUCUUGGGAGACGAAGCGCGGAGCAAAGUUCCUGCGGAAUUCCAGGCCCAGUACCCAUCCAAUGCAAACCCCCCAACACUCACAAUGGCCGUGACUGCGUUUAUCGAGCGCCUACUUGCCCGUCAGCAGCCGUCUGAUGCAGAGCUUGGAAUGGGCGAUGCACAGAAGGUCUUCACGAAGCUCGGAAAUGACUCUUAUGGAUUUUCCAAGCAAGCAAAUCGACACCUUGAGGAUAACGACGCUGCAAUUUCUUACCUUCGUUCCAUUUAUCCUCCGCUUCGUCGUCACUAUGAUUGGUUCCGUAGUACGCAGCGCGGUCAGAUCAAGGCUUAUGGAAGAAAGGCGCGCUCGAGGACAGAAGCCUACCGCUGGAGGGGCCGCUCCAAGGAUCAUGUCCUCACUAGCGGUAUGGACGACUAUCCGCGAGGACAACCGCAUGCAGGAGAGUUGCAUCUGGAUCUUAUCAGCUGGAUGGGAUUCUUCACGCGGACUAUGAAGAGCAUCGCCUCUUUCCUCGGCGAAGAAAAGGAUGAAAAGUACUUCCAAGACAUCGAGACCAACAUUCUCAACAAUAUCGAGGACCUGCAUUGGAGCGAGGAGAAGCAAAUGUACUGCGACUUGAACAUUAGCGAUGAAGGCAAACGAAUCUGUGCAUGUCUCCUUCCAUCUUCCUCACCUCAUCUGGGACCUGUGCUUGACCUUCUCCGAGAUCCAAACCAUCUGUGGUCACCUUAUGGACUUCGAAGUCUCUCCGCCGCACACGAACUGUUUGGCAAGGGCGAAAACUAUUGGCGUGGACCCAUCUGGAUUCAGAUGAACUAUCUCGCUCUCAGUUCAUUGUACAAGGUCUAUGCGGCUGAACCAGGACCAUACCAAGAACAAGCCCGCAAGAUUUACGAAGAGCUACGGCACAAUGUGAUUCACAAUGUUUUCAAGGAGUACGAGAGAACCGGAUACGUGUGGGAGCAGUACAAUGCAAUGACAGGAGAAGGCGCAAGAAGCCAUCCUUUCACUGGAUGGACAUCGCUGGUUACCUUGAUUAUUUCCGAAAAGUACUAG